AUGACAAGCCACGCCCAUUCAUAGGGCAGAGACAAAAAAAAUGGUUGCCCAAUCCAGAGCCAUGGGAGAGACUGAAAAUGACCGUAAUGCUGCUCCCACGGUGUUCCCAGAGCCAGUUAUACAGACUACACAAGAAGAAGCACCCUCCUAUCAGACAGCAUGGCUCCUGCUCUACUCUCUCAUCAUUGCACUGUCUAUCUUCCUUCUGAUGAUCGUCAUCGUAAAACUGAUCUCUGUGUGGAACACCAGGAAGAACUUCAAGAAAUGGCAAUUCAACUUGUUAUCGCAUCCGCCUGUAGUGGUUGGAUUUUUCCAUCCAUAUUGCAAUGCUGGUGGAGGUGGCGAAAGAGUACUGUGGCAAAGCAUCCGAGCUCUCCAAUCUCGGUACAACUUUAUACGCUGCAUCGUCUACACUGGAGAUCGUGCCAAUAAAGAAUCCAUUUUUAGCAAAGUUAAAAACAGGUUUGGAAUUGAUCUUGCGAGAGGUGCGAUAGAAUUUGUCUACUUAAAACGUCGUGGUUGUGUGGAAGCUGAAAAAUGGCCGCGGUUUACUCUCCUUGGUCAAAGCAUUGGCUCAUUUUUUCUCGGUCUUGAAGGAUUUUUGAACUUUGUACCAGAUGUGUAUAUUGACACAAUGGGAUAUGCAUUCACUCUGCCUCUGUUUCGCUGGAUUGGACGAUGCAAAACAGCCAGCUAUGUUCACUAUCCUGUCAUCAGUCAGGACAUGCUCCAAGUUGUGCAAAAUAGGGAAAAUACUUUCAACAAUGCAAGGUGGAUUAGUCGAAGUCGCUUCCUCACCAAGUGCAAGCUUUAUUACUAUCGAUUGUUUGCUAAAUUUUACGGUUUUGUUGGUCGUCGUAGCAAUGUUGUCAUGGUGAAUUCCACAUGGACCCAUCGACAUAUCUCAAAGCUGUGGGGCUGUGGACGUCUCUUCAUUGUGUACCCGCCCUGUGACACCAGUACCUUCCAACAGCUCCCCAUUGCUCGCUCUGGAAAACACUUCACCAUCAUCUCAAUUGGACAAUUUCGACCCGAGAAAAAACAUGAAGUACAGUUGGAAGUCUUGAAAGAAUUUUUAUCGUAUGUUAGACCUGAAAUUCGUAAAAAUGUCAAACUUGUGCUGGUGGGUGGUUGUCGGAAUUCAGAAGAUGACGCUCGAGUGACGAUUCUUAAGAAUUUGGCUAAAUCGCUACACAUCGACAAGAACGUCAGAUUUGAACUGAAUAUUCCUUUUCAGGAUCUUCAAAAUGAACUUAAAAAUGCGAAGGUUGCUCUCCACACUAUGGAAAAUGAACACUUUGGCAUUGUACUCCCGGAGUGUAUGGCUGCUGGCUGUGUGAUGGUGGCCCACAACUCAGGCGGACCUAAGGACGACAUCGUCGUGGAUUGGCAGGGGAACAAAGUGGGCUACUUGGCAGAUGAUAAGGAAAACAUGGCCUCUUGUCUUGUUGAAGUGCUCAAUUCCUCGGAUAUGGACCGCCGGACGAUGGCGGAAGCAGCACGUGCUUCUGUUGAUGCUAAGUUCUCAGUGAGUGUGUUUGAAGCCUCUUUCCUUAGGGCAACAGAAGAUCUGUUUGGUUAACUAUUUGCCUUGUACUAUUCAUACAUCACUGCAAAUUUUGUUAUUACCCAUGCAUUUGAUUAUUCUAUAAUUAUGUCACAUAAUUGUAUUAUGUGCCAAGAGGAUUUUGUACACAAGUAGUUUUUUUUGUACUAUUUCAUAUGUUCGUUGCUACUAUUAUUAAUUAUUUUUGUCUCCGCUUUUUUGUUUUGUACUUUGGAUACUAAAACGUACGUACCUCACAUUUCAUGCAUGUACACAAUCACUGAUUUUCGUGCACACUCUUUUCUUUAUGCAUAAAUUCUUGCACAAAAAACAUUAUAAUUAUAAAAAUCC